GCUAUUGCCGCCUUCAAUGGUAAAAAAGACCAAAUCGCUAUUCCACUGGUAUACUUCCACGCCCACUCUCCACAGACCAGCAGCCUGUCCACAGGUGAGGUGAUAGUCUACAAGACAGUAGAGACCAACGAUGGUAACGGCUACAGCUCCACCACGGGCAAAUUAACCGCUCCAGUACGGGGACUCUACUUGUUCCUGAUGCACACAUGCACACCUUCAAACAAUUACGCUUUUCUCCAUAUAGUUAAAGAAGGCACAGUCCUCAUUGCAACUUCACACUAUGACAAAGACUAUUAUACCUGUUCUAGUAGUCAGGCGAUUGUACAGCUUGAAGCCGGGGAAACUGUCUGGGUACAAUCCUCCAGUGGGGCCUCGAACAGAAUACUGAAUGAGGAUCAUCCUUACCGCUGGACCAGUUUUAGUGGUGUUCUCCUUCACAACUGACCAGCUUAGGUCAUUGCUUAUAAAAAGCACAAAGGCAAAGAAUAUACAAUUUAAAUUUCGCAAUGAUUGAUUACCUUUUUUUCAAACAAAGUAUUGUCAUUGGUUUCAAUUUGAUUUGAAUAUACAGCUUUCUGUCAAAUGUCCAAAUAUGAAAUGGCUUGCGUUACGUCAUGUUACGUACAUUCGUGUAUUGAA